GUUAAGUAACACUGAGUGAUGGACCGAGGUGCAGCCUCACAGCAACCUGCGGCCCGGCGCAGUUGGACUUGUUUUCAGCGUCUGCAAAAGGACAAAAAAACAAUAGAUAGAAUUUUUCUGUUAGUGUGGCUGAUAUUUGAAAUGGACACAUAGAAAAGUAUUUAUCGCUUGACCUUUUUGGUUGGUAAACAGGCGCUGGUUAGUAUUCACUCUGUAAUAACCCUCAAACAUCAGGAAGGAGUUUUUUUUUCCACCUCGCUGCAUCAAACAGGUAAGAAAGAACUGAUGCAACCUGUGACGGGUCAAAUGUCUGGCUUUGAAUUACGUCUGCCAAUCAUCCGAUAUACCGUCUGCCCUUUGAUAUUAUGUUAAUUAAAAAAACAUUCAUGACUUUUUGUUGUUGUCUGUAUAGUUUCAGGAACACAUUUUUUCAUCAAAAAUUAAACAAUCCAGCGGCUUUAUUUACAGUGCUACUUCACCGUAACGUAGGUGACGUUUUCAGUUCUACAACAUAAAGAAACAACAAAACACAUUCACAUUUGAGAAGCUGGAUCCAGUUACUUUUUACAAAUUUGACAAAAGUGUUAAUAAUAAUAAUACCAAAUAAUCGUUGCAGAUAAAUUUCCUCAUUUAUUUAUUGCUGAAACUUUGAUCUAUUUAGGAAGUGUUUUGAUCCUUUGUGUGUUAAAUUCAUUAAUCUGUAAACUUCUUGUACCCUAAAACUAUUGAUAUUGGAAAAAAAGGCAUCAUUGUAUCUCAGGAGGUUUUAAAGUAUUACAGUUGCUUUGUGUUGAAUGACACGGCGAGCUGCCUGUGAUGCCUCGUUCGCUCUGUUUGCACUGCUAACAAAGAGCUCCUUUAUGAGAUUAAGAGAUUUCUAUGGCCCGCUGACAUGCAUGAAACUUAGACAAGAUGUGGAACCUCCAGCUAAUCUUGUCUUCGUGAGGACGGAGGGAUCGGUUCGUUGGAUUGGUACUAGUGGGUGAAUUCAUACUUCAGUCCCUUUUCCAGUUUAUAUUCAACCCAAAUACACAACAUAUCACAGUUCUCACUAACAGCAUUACUAAUCACGUGUCCUUGGAAGGGAUGGCCUCUUAAAUGCAUUAAAUGGAUCGGUACACUGGUCCGCUCAAUUGGAUUACGGUCUUUAAUGCAGUCUAACAAGCUACCGGCACAGUGCAAAGCAAAUGGUUGGAAAGGUUUAUUAAAAGCAAUUCUUAAUGUUAAAUUGUUUGUACAAAAAAAGCUAUUUUUAAUUGAUUCAUGCUGUUCAUUUUUUUAACCAUCAAUUUGAUUUUGGAAAUCAAUGGGAUGAUCAAUGUGGAUGUUCGUGGGUUCACGGUGCAAACUUUGGGCAACCUUAAUAGUAGACAAAUGUACAGUGUGGUAAUAAUAAUAAUAACAAUAAUAUGGCUCCACUAGUGUGCUCUGGAGUUCAUCAUCCUUCCUGUUUGGGAACCGAGCAACACUUCCUCUCGUGUCGACAGUGAACUUCACAGCAUCAUCUCGCCAUGCAGCGGCCCACGCGGCCACGCGCCUUCUCCCCGCUCCUCGUGCCGCCCGGUGCGCCGGCCGCACGGGCCACUGACGUAACUAUACUCUGUUGUUAACCGCAUGCUAGCUUUUUGUUUUUUUAUAUGUAUUAUUCCCAACUUUACCAAUUCCAACCGGAAGCCAAAUCCAAGUCUGAACCUUUUCACCGGACUUUCCUCCGGGAAUAAUCGUCGGGUCGUUCUGUUCCGCGUCUCGCUUCAGCCCGACAGGCGGCGUCCCGGCGCGGCAGCGAGGGUCUCCUUCGCCCCCGUCACGGGGUUCCACAAAGCCACGCAGAAGCCCUUCAGCUCAACGAAACGAGUGCGAUGGAGCGCGCUGCACGUCGGCAUCGCCUGGAGGAUUUACUAUCACAAACAACUCCAAAAGGUUCAGCAAAAACCCAACAGCCUCCAUCCAGAACUGACACCGGAGUAUCUUGCAACUGGUCCACUUGGCCCGGUUCAACCCGACGAAUCCGCCAUAAACCCCAAGACCGGCUUUCGAUAUGAACGGACCGCCGACAGGAAUGAAAAAGUACAACCAGCAGAACAUUCAAGCCGCUUCAACAAAGGUUCUCUCUCUGACCUUCACACAUCUUCAUCUCGCCACAUCCAUCUGACCAAGAGGGAGAAGCGAGAAAAUCCCCCGAACCUCCACUGGAAAGAGAAGCUUGAUGGAGAGGAGAAACGUGGGGGUCAACAAGUCGAAACAACAAAGGAUUUAACUCCCGGGGACAAAUCUCGGGCUCGAUCGACGACUCCUGAACCCGAUGACAGACACGGCGGCUCACGCGACAGGAAAAGGAAGCGCGAGUGUGACGGCUCCGGUUCAGUGAAGAUGGUGAGGCGGGAAGCCGCAGAUGACCGAUUUGACUCCUCAAGGAAAUCGAACACGGAUCCGUCCCCGUUCGGUGCGACUCACGCGCGUCCAUCUGCACCUGCCAGGCCAGAUGUGUCUGCCUUUUACUCUGACAGCAGUAGAUGUAAAAUGAGCAGACCUCCUGGGGGACUCGCGCCUUAUCCAGGAGCUCAAAUGCAUCUUUACCAAACUGCUUCAUGGGAGCCGAUGUGGGACAUUCCCCAGAGGAUGGACCUGCACCGCGGACAAAACGUCCAAAAAGACUAUUCAUUGAAUACCUGCAAAGCGAUCAGGACACUCCUCACAGCCACGAGGCAGAAGGAAGCUUUUUUUAGGCCUCUGUAUUUCCCUCUUGCGUUGAGGCAGCAGGAGCCGGUGUACCUCGCAGGGAGGGAGUUCCUCCACUCGGGGCAGGAGAACUUUCAUCUCCACCGUGCUGGCUAUCUGGCGUCCUCUUACCUGGAGCCUUGAGUCUUCAGCAGUAGAGCAGAGCUCAACGGUUCCUCCGGGCCGUGCAUAUCGACGGUGGAGCUCCACACUGAAGAAGGGUUAACAAAGUAUAAUGGACUAGAACACUUUUAAUUAGACAAAUAUAUUCUUAAUAAAGAACGCUAGGAAUGAAAUUUUACAUCAUUUUCUUGUAAUUUGACUGAAAGAAAAAAUUAUUAAAUUAAAAUUAUUUUAAUUAUAUUGAAUGUUUGUAGCAAUGAAAUUACGCAAAAUUCCAAAACAACUUUUAACAAUUAUGUUGUAUAAAUUACCAUGUCAAGCUACACCAAGAAAAUAUCAAAUAAUAUAAUAAAGCACAUUAA